CAUCAUCAUCAUUAUUAUUAUCGGAAAAACAAACAAACAUGGCGAUGGCGCCCAGGAACCCGCGUAGCAACGUGAAGAAGGGUCGGAUUUUAGGCUUCAUCGACGCCAUCCAGGACGCGGUGGGGCCCCCGAAGCAGGCGGCCGACAAGCGGAUGGUGGAGAAGACCUGGAAGCUGAUGGACAAAGUGGUCCGGCUGUGCCAGAACCCCAAGCUGCAGCUGAAGAACAGCCCGCCGUACAUCCUCGACAUCCUGCCGGACACCUACCAGCACCUCCGGCUCAUCCUCUCCAAGUACGAGGAUCGGAUGCAGGUCCUGAGCGAGAACGAGUACUUCAAGAUCUACAUCGACAGCCUGAUGAAGAAAUCCAAGCGAGCCAUCAGGCUCUUUAAAGAGGGCAAAGAGCGGAUGUACGAGGAGCAGUCUCAGGACAGGCGGAAUCUUACAAAGCUGUCACUCAUCUUUAGUCACAUGCUGGCAGAAAUCAAGGCCAUCUUCCCCUCUGGCCAGUUUCAGGGGGACAACUUUCGCAUCACAAAGGCUGACGCUGCUGAAUUUUGGAAACGAGCUUUUGACGACAAGACUAUAGUUCCGUGGAAAGUGUUCAGACAGUGCCUUCAUGAAGUCCACCCUAUCAGCUCUGGUUUGGAAGCCAUGGCGCUCAAGUCUACAAUAGAUCUAACCUGUAAUGAUUACAUUUCAAUCUUUGAAUUUGAUAUCUUCACUAGACUCUUCCAGCCCUGGACAUCAAUCUUAAGGAACUGGAACUUCUUGGCUGUGACUCAUCCUGGCUAUAUGGCUUUUCUUACGUACGAUGAGGUGAAGGCCCGGCUCCAAAAAUACAUCAACAAACCUGGCAGCUAUAUCUUCAGACUUAGCUGUACUCGACUCGGCCAGUGGGCCAUUGGCUACGUCACUAAUGAUGGAAACAUCCUACAAACCAUUCCACACAACAAACCCCUCUUCCAAGCUCUCAUAGAUGGGUGCCGAGAAGGAUUCUACUUAUACCCAGAUGGACGGAGCUACAAUCCUGAUCUGACCGGAUUGUGUGAACCAACACCUCAUGAUCACAUAAAGGUGACCCAGGAGCAAUAUGAGCUGUACUGCGAGAUGGGAUCCACGUUUCAGCUGUGUAAAAUCUGUGCAGAGAACGAUAAGGAUGUGAAGAUUGAGCCAUGUGGUCACUUGAUGUGCACUUCUUGCUUGACAGCGUGGCAGGAAUCCGAUGGUCAGGGAUGUCCAUUUUGCCGCUGUGAGAUCAAAGGUACAGAACCCAUCAUUGUUGAUCCUUUUGAUCCAAGGGAUGAUGGCGCCAAAUUCAACUUAGAUCUUUUCGGAAUGCCAAUGUUAGACCUGGAUGAUGAAGAUGACCGGGAAGACUCGUUGGUUAUGAACAAACUAGCUUCUGUUCGCAAGUGUAUAGAUAGGCAGGUUUCACCGGUGUCUUCACCAAACUCAUCACCUAUUGCUCAGCGGAGAAAACCAGCUCCAGACCCACUCCAGAUUCAACAUCUCAACCUCCCGCCAGUGCCACCUCGGCUGGACCUCAUUCAGAAAGGAGUGGUCAGGUCACCGUGUGCCAGUCCCACUGGUUCUCCAAAGUCGUCUCCGUGUAUGGUAAGAAAACAGGACAAGCCUCUGCCAGCACCACCACCUCCCCUCAGAGACCCUCCUCUUCCACCUGAGAGACCACCACCUAUCCCACCAGAAAGCCGAGGUCCACGUUCUCUGCACCACCCUGACAUUGCUCCUACAAGGGACCAACAUGCAACUCGUGAAGCUUGGUGUCCCAGGGAAGUGCAUGGUGCUGGUCUUUCAGCAGACUGUCGAUCUGGUAGUGAUCGAUCGCCUAAAUCUGCACACACACCACCUACUAAUUUGAAUGGCAGACAGAGCUGGCAUGCGACAGAUCCAGGUUUUUCACGCAACCCGGUCAGACGUCCAGAUGGAGCUCACGAUAAUACAAAGGCAUUCACCAACGGACUGUUGAGAACCGACGAAUAUGAUAUUCCUCCACCUCGACAGUCUCCGCCUCCCCCAACAACAACACUAUUCUCCAGCAGCACAAAGUACCCACACCAAUUCACAAACUCACAUUCAAACUUGGAAAAGCCACGGGGAUUUACUGAUGAUAAUGAAGAUGAAUAUAAGAUUCCAACCUCUUAUCCCGUCUCCUUAGCUGCACAACCUCCCCAAACUGUGAAGCCUCGUGCAUCAAGAGUAAUUGAGAACGGGCAAUGUGGUAAUGGAAUGCAGAGCAGCAUGUCUGAAGCAAAGAAACCCAAAGCGCUGGAAAUCGAUGAUCCCUUUGACAUGCCAACUGCUACAGCUCCCUUACCACCUGCUCGGGUUUCAGCCAGAGACAGCCAAAAACCCAGUUGUUCUCUCAACAGGACACCCUCGGAUUAUGACCUCCUAGUUCCUCCAUCAGGUGAUAAUCCGUUUGACAGUCCACCUCCCUCAUUGCCUCCGCCCCCACCUCCUGCUCGUCACAGUUUCCCUGACCUGCCCAGAUCUUCAGGCUCAGGCAGCAGACCUUCCUCUGGCCAUGACUCCUUCCAUUGCAAUACAGAUGCAUCCUUCGACGCAUCAAGCGCUUCUGCCCCUGUACCCCCAGCUCGAAGGACAGUUGAGGACAAUCAGAAAUCUAACAGGAUAUCACAAGAGUUUGAUCAACACCCAUCACUCGCAGACAAUUCCCAAGCACCGGCCAGGCCUCCAAAACCACUUCCUCGUAGGACUGCUCCAGAUGGUUACCACAGGAAAAACCACAUUCAAGAAACAAGCUCUUUACAUAAUAGUCAGGCAGGAGAAAACGUGGACGCUAAGAUUGCAAAACUGAUGGGCGAAGGCUACUCCUUUGAAGACGUAAAACGAGCCCUCGUGAUAGCUCGCAAUAACGUAGAGAUGGCACGAAGUAUCUUGCGAGAAUUUGCCUUCUAUCCUCCCAUUUCAUCACGUAUCAAUCCAUAACCAGGAGCUGUCCAGGUGCAAGAGGGGGGGGAAAAAAUCUCAGAAUAGACUUCUGAGUUUUUGAAGAGUGUUGAAUUUUAAAGUAGCGUUUGCAAGGGGGGAAUGAACGUUGACUGCCCAGCCUGCCCUGCGCAGGCUCGUUGUGAAGAAGGUUCUCUGAUAGAAGAUAGAGAAUGAUGUUCACACGUUUGUUAGCCAUAAUGUUAAGAAUCAGGGUUCAACCGAGAAGAAAGUUUACUGUUCUUGAAUUUCACGUCUGUGAAUUGCUUGAGAUCUCUGCUGCUUGGAGCUGUCAAAAUGGCUGUGAAAGUCACCUGAACUUUCUUGUUCAAAUGGAAUUUAUACAGUUUAUUGCUCUCCAUAUCUUUGGCAUCCUGGGAAUUGAUCAGUCCUGCUGCAGCAUCCCUUUGUUGUCAUCUGCGCUGAUGGAGAUCACUGUUGUUUUAAGUUUUUUCCUCCCCCUCGGCCCCUUAUUCAAUCUGGGGCACAGACUCUUAUCUGUUUUUCUGAAGAUCCUUUAAUUUGCUGCAUUUUGGUCUAUCAGACUGGUGCACAAACAAGCAUGUGGCCUUCACUACUGAGUCUUUUCUGAGAUAAAGUGACAUUUCUUUAUUAAAACAAAACUAAUUUCUGAAUGUAGAGUACAUUAUAUUUGUCUAUGUAUUGCCUUGGUAAAGUUUGACUGUAACUUUGGCAGCU